UAUUUGUUUUAUUGUAAAUCGCAUUUUCCCCCAAUAAUUUCAUCACGAGCACGCUCUCUUUACUCUGUCUCCGGCGACAACGGUAGAGCCACCAUCAUGGAUCAGAACUCGCCGAGAUCUCGUCGGACCCGGCAAACCGAUCCCAAACCCGAUAUUUACUCCACCUUCGUAGUCCACUCCGACUCCGAUUCCGAUCAAGACAACAAACGCAACGCCAAGCCCGAGGACGACGACGACGAAAACGUCGAUUUAUACGCUACAACGGUCUACAAGGGCGACAGUGACGGCGGCGGAGAUGAAGACGACGACGACGACUCUUUCCUCCCCCCUCUUCUCAAGCGUCUUCCCAAGGAUUUCGGAGGCGGCGCGUCGCUCGACUACGACGACGAUGACAAUGGAGAUUUCGGCACGAUGAUUGUGAAGAAGGAUCGGGAUAGUCACAGCUCGUCCAAGCCGCGAGUGGCAGCCAGUCCUCCCAGGAGGAUAGCCGAUGAGGAAUCUUCCGAGGAGGAAGAGUUUGGUACCUUCGUUGUGAAACCUUCGUCGAAAAAGGGGAAGGAGAAAGAGAAAGAGAAGGAGAUGGAUUUGUCAACUAUGGGAAGAGCGGUGGCGAGUAUGCAGGAAUCGAGCUUCGGUGGUAAGAAGAACCGUAAGUCUCGGCCUUCCUCUCCGUCCUCCCAUCGGAGAAUGCAGCAGCAGAACAGUAAGAUGUCGACGACGUCUCUUCCGGAUAGCAUUACUAGAGAAGAUCCAACCACCAAAUACGAGUUCCUCAAUGAACUUGGGAAAGGAUCAUAUGGAUCUGUCUACAAGGCAAGGGAUUUGAAAACGUCUGAGAUUGUUGCUGUUAAAGUCAUUUCACUUACUGAAGGGGAGGAGGGCUAUGAAGAGAUUCGUGGGGAAAUUGAGAUGCUGCAGCAGUGUAAUCAUCCAAAUGUUGUCCGCUACCUUGGGAGUUACCAAGGAGAAGAUUAUCUUUGGAUAGUGAUGGAGUAUUGUGGAGGUGGAAGCGUUGUUGAUGUGAUGAAUGUUACUGAGGAGGCAUUGGAGGAGUAUCAGAUUGCAUAUAUUUGUCGAGAGGCUUUGAAGGGCCUUGCAUACCUGCAUUCAAUAUUCAAAGUCCAUAGAGAUAUUAAGGGUGGAAAUAUCUUGUUGACCGAACAAGGAGAGGUCAAACUCGGUGACUUUGGAGUUGCGGCUCAACUUACGCGGACUAUGUCGAAGCGAAACACGUUCAUCGGGACUCCGCAUUGGAUGGCUCCGGAGGUUAUUCAGGAAAACCGUUAUGAUGGGAAGGUUGAUGUAUGGGCUCUUGGUGUUUCAGCAAUUGAGAUGGCAGAGGGGCUUCCUCCAAGAUCAGCAGUUCAUCCGAUGAGGGUUUUGUUCAUGAUAUCGAUCGAGCCAGCUCCAAUGCUUGAAGAUAAAGAAAAAUGGUCCCUGGUCUUUCAUGAUUUUGUUGCGAAGUGCCUCACAAAGGAACCACGUCUUCGCCCAACUGCAGAUGAGAUGCUUAAGCACAAAUUUAUUCAGAGAUGUAAAACUGGGGCUUCUGCAAUGUCGGCAAAGAUUGAGAAGUCUAGACAAAUCAGAGCUUCAAUGGCUCUGCAAGCGCAAAAAGUUGCAGCUUCUUCAGAGGACACUUCAACACUGGGUCUAAAAUCAAGUGAAGAGAUGAAAAUUACUGUUCCAUAUACCGAAGCACUUCCAGCAUGCUCCCUGAAUCCGCAGCAUAUAUCCAGCAACACCGCCUUGAGUGGAGAAGGUGGUGAUUUUGGAACUAUGAUCUUUCACGGUGAGGAUGAGGCAGACGAGAUCCACUCAGGGUCUCAACUUGCCAAAGAGAAAGAAUCUUCUUCUUCUGUCGGGUUCUCCGGAGAAGAAGUAACUAGGAUCCAUGAAAGAAAGAACCUUCCUACUACUGACGUUGCAGUUGAAACCUCAACUUCACAAAGCGUUCGGGGAACUUUAUCAUCCAUUGAGCAUAAAAAGAGGCUGAGUAACAUAUCUGGAACACAGACAGAAGGUGGCAGUGAUGCAAGUGGUAGUACCUUGAAGAAUGAAACUGUUGGCAAGAAAGCAUUUGCUUUACAAGAUAAGUUAUGGUCAAUAUACGCAGCUGGAAACACAGUACCGAUACCAUUCUUGAGAGCAACGGAUAUAUCGCCAAUAGCACUGUUGUCAGAGAACAUGAUCGGAGGCAUGCAACAGGACGGGAAUGGAAGUGUAGCCGUUGAAGCACUUCAGGAGCUCUUUACUUCUGAUCCCCAAUCCAAAAAGGGACGAAGAGGACAAAACGAGAUGCCGCUGCCUCCAAGUGUAUACCAGAGACUGACGUCAAGCCCUCCUCUGAUGAAUCUUGCACAAGUUUUAGCCUACCACAGAGCGUGUUACGAGGAGAUGCCGCUGCAGGAGAUGCAAGCAACGCAGGAGCAGCAAACCAUUCAGAAUCUGUGCGAUACUCUUCGCACUAUUCUUCGCCUCUAAUGUUGUUUCUGUUCAUAUUUUAGUCGUAUACUGUUGGUGUUAUUUAGGUUGUUUAAAAAAGUAUACAAAUUUGCUAAUUUGAGAGUGACUUUUCAAGAAUUGAUAAUAUAUUGAUAAAAUUAAAUGUUCGUUUUCA